AUGAGCUUGCCUGAGGAGGCCGAGUUGGGGCUCCCUAGUAACUAUAGGUUUGAGAUCGAUAAGUGUGUGAGGCGUAUCAAGGAAAAGAAUGCCACACGUGUUGCACUUCAGUUCCCGGAGGGGCUACUCAUGUUUGCCGCUCCAAUUGCAGACAUCCUCGAAGAGAGAACAGGUGCGGAGAUGGUAAUUCUUGGCGAUGUCACGUACGGCGCAUGCUGUGUGGAUGACUUUUCAGCGACUGCCCUUGGUUGCGACUUCUUGAUUCACUAUGGGCACAGCUGUCUCAUUUCCAUAAAGGAUUGCCUCAUCAAUAACAUGAUGUACGUUUUUGUGGAGAUAAACUUUGACGUGCAGCACUUCGUGGACACCGUUAAGCGCCUGGUGCCUCCCGCGACAAGAUUGGCGUGCAUCGCCACCAUUCAGUUUGUCUCUUCGAUGCGGGCAGCAAUGCUUCUGCUUAAAGACCACUUCCAAAAUCCGGUUGUGAUUCCGCAAAAUAGGCCACUCUCGAGUGGAGAGAUACUUGGUUGCACAAGCCCUGUUGUGGAUCCCACAACCGUCGAUGUUGUUUUGUACGUGGGUGAUGGACGAUUUCAUCUAGAGUCAUUCCUGAUUGCACACCCUACGCUGGAUGCCCUGCAGUAUGACCCGUAUAAGAAAACGUUGUCGAAGGAAAGCUACAACACGACUGAGAUGCGUACGCUUCGGCGUGAAGCGGUUGAGAAGGGGAUGACGGCCAGAAGCUUUGCACUUAUCAUGGGAACGCUUGGUCGUCAAGGCAACCCGCGGGUGGUGGACCGCAUCAUACAAAUGGCGGAGCGUCAGGGCAAAACGGUGACACUCCUGCUCAUGUCGGAAAUCUUCCCACAAAAGCUGGCGAAACUGCAGGAUGUCGAUUGUUAUGUUCAAGUCGCCUGCCCGCGCCUCUCAAUCGAUUGGGGCUACGCCUUUGACAGACCGUUGCUAUCGCCUUACGAGGUGGAAGUGGCUCUCGGCCGCAUUGAGUGGGGCGGACCGUCGUACCCAAUGGAUCACUAUUCAAAAAGUGGCGGCAACUGGGCUGUUUAUACAGAUAAAUCCCUUUAG